UAGCUUCAAGGAAAGGGCACUGUUCCAUAUUCUCUCUCCUGCUCUGUGUUUGUGCUUUCUGGGUUGAGGAACACAGCAAGAGAUUAGGGAGUAUCAUUCUCACUCGAUGGAGCUCUUUUGACAUCUGCAAGCAUCGUGGUAAUGAGGCUGAAGUAUAGAAAGGUUUCCCUUUUGCCUCUGGAGUGUUUCAUUAUGGCAGCCCCCAGUGAACAAUGACAUCCUUUGACAAAUAUAGAUGCCAAAAAGCGAGACGAAAACAGUGGCCUUGUUUCAUUUUCACUCCAACACAGUGAAAUGGUGCUCUUAAAGUUUUGUUAUUGACUCUCACUGGAAAAAAACCAAAACUCCUCACUGGACCUUUUUUCCCCAGCUCUCUCCCAGUGUUCUUGUGGAUGCUUGACACAGUGACAUCAUGUAGUAGGCCCUGAAGUGUUGUUGUAAUUGAGCUGCAAUGGUUUUGUACACUUCUCCCUUUCCCAACAGCUUUCUGUCAGUUCUGCAUUCUUUCUCCUGGGGCCUGAUUUUCCCAUGUUACUGGCUGGCAGACAGGCUCGUGGGCUCUUUUGUUCCAACCACCUACGAGAAACGGCAGAGAGCAGAUGACCCCUGCUAUUUCCAUGCCCUCUGCAUCAUCAUCACCACUCCCAUCUACCUGGCACUGCUGGCAGCCUCUCUCCCCUUCGCUCUCAUCGGCUUCUUGCUCUGGUCCCCGCUGCAGUCGGCCCGCAGGCCGUACAUCUACUCCAGGCUCCGAGACAAGCACCGUGCCAAUGGAGCCACGCUGCUCACCGAGUGGAAGGCUGCAGGGAGCGGGAAGAGCUUCUGCUUUGGCACUGCCAACGUUUGCCUGCUGCCCGAUUCACUGGCAAGGUUCAACAAUGUUUUCAAUACGCAGGCGAGGGCUAAAGAGAUCGGCCGGAGGAUCCACAACGGGGCCAGCAGACCCCAGAUCAAAAUCUACAUAGACUCUCCUACCAACACCUCCAUCAGUGCCGCCAGCUUCAGCAGCCUGGCCUCCCCCCAGGGGGGAGAGAACACCAACCGUGCUGUUAACGCUGGCAUCAAAAGGACAACGUCAAUGGAGUACAAAGGAGACAAUUCUGGCUCAAACAACAGCGAGGAGAGAGAAGAGAAAGGUGGAAGUGGAGAGCCAACUGAGGGAGAAGACAACACUUGCAUUGUCCGUAUCAAUGGGGAGGACAAUGGCCACAUGUCAGACCCAGACCCAGACACCGUCAAUGGCCGGGCUCACGCCAGCGGCCCAGCAGAGCCCUCGCUGGAGGGGGAUGCAGAGAUCUCAAAAACACCCAACCACAAACAGAAGGAAGGAGAUUCCGGGAGCUUAGACAGCUACUCUGCCUCACGAGAGUCCCUGGUGAAGGUCCGUGCUGGAGAUGGCACCGUGGACCAAAGCACUGUCAACAACAAGCUCCUCUACAAAGCUUCCAUCAUGAAGAAAACGUCGGUGCGGAAAAAGAAACACACGGACGAGACCUUCGACCAUGAGAUCUCUGCUUUCUUCCCUGCCAACCUGGACUUUCUGUGUUUGCAGGAGGUGUUUGACAAAAGAGCUGCGGAGAAGUUGAAAGAGCAGCUCCACCACUACUUUGAAUACAUUGUCUAUGAUGUUGGGGUCUACAGCUGCCACGGCUGCUGCAGCUUUAAGUUUGUGAACAGUGGCCUGCUCUUUGCCAGCCGCUAUCCUGUCAUGGAUGCUGCCUAUCACUGUUACCCCAAUGGAAGAGGAAUGGACUCCCUGGCUUCCAAGGGAGCCUUGUUUCUCAAGGUGCAAGUGGGAAGUACACCUCAGGACCAAAGAAUCGUGGGAUACAUUUCCUGCACUCACUUGCAAGCUAUUGCAGGAGACACAACUGUUCGAUGUGAGCAACUGGAUAUGCUUCAAGAUUGGCUGUCUGAAUUCAGAAAAUCUACCUCCUCCUCCAGCACAGCCAAUCCAGAGGAGCUGGUGGCUUUUGAUGUCAUCUGUGGAGAUCUCAACUUUGAUAACUGCUCCUCUGAUGACAAGCUGGAGCAGCAGCACUCUCUGUUUACACACUACAAAGACCCCUGUCGGGUUGGCCCUGGGGAGGACAAGCCCUGGGCCAUCGGCACCUUGUUGGAUCCUGAAGGAUUAUAUGAUGAAGAAGUGUGCACCCCAGACAACCUGCAGAAGGUGCUGGAAAGUGAAGAAGGAAGAAAAGGAUACUUAGUCUAUCCCACCAGCAAGAACCACAGUUCCAGUCAAAAAGGGAGGAAGGCAUCACUGAAGGGAAAUGGGAGGAGGAUUGACUAUAUGCUGUACACAGAAGAAGGUCUCUACCUGGAGUGGAAAGUGGAAGUGGAAGAGUUCAGCUUUAUUACCCAAUUAGCAGGCUUGACAGACCACCUACCGGUAGCAAUGCGUCUCAUGGUGUCUACAGGAGAAGAUGAUCCUUAAAACUGACCAGCUUUGAGAAUCAGAAGAGGGAAACAUUAAUGAUAUUUUAAAAAUAUCAGAGGAUAAGAGCGAACUAUCCUGGUGCCACGUUAGGAAAGGUGACCCGACCUGACUUGGGCUACUCCCAGAAUGUACCAACAAUGUGGAUUCAAAAAGGGAAGAAAUGGAAGGGGUUGUGGCCAAAAGCCACUGUCACAAGUUGCUCAGGCAACAGGGCAGGCCUGUACUACAACACUUUCACUGUGGACCGAACAGAACCAAGAUGGAAGUCCUAAUUCCUUCUGAACCAGUGCCAUUCUUACUCAAACAUGUUUUUAUACUAAUAUAUAGCACAAUUUAGUUUGUAAUUAGUCUGUGAGUUAGUGCUGCUCGAUGGUUUUUGCAUCAUUUCCUUGUCUGAGAAGCUGAAGCUUUGUCUGUCCUGCCGCGCUCGCAGCAGCCGCAUGGCCCGCCCUGCAUGAGCUCCACACACAGCCCUGGCACCCAGAGGGGAGGGCUCAGAACCACCCUCAGCCAGAGCCACUCUGGGACUGCAAACCCUUCUGGCACUACAGAUAGACCGAACACCAAACAACAGCUCUCUUCAAUUUGCAGACCAAUAUCUUCCUGUCUGAGUUACGGACACACAAAAGAUUUGGAAUUAAGACUUUAAGAACACAGUUCUACCCUUAUUCCAGCUGUGUUCCCACUGAAAUUAUGAAGUGUUUUGUCUGAAUGAUGACUCCAGAAUCAGGCCUUCAGCUUUCUAAAUGCAACUUACUCCCUUAAGAAGAAACACAGUUUCCCUGUAAUGUCUUUUCUUUCUUUGCCAUGUGUGGGACAGUUCUGAAUUAUGAUAUGGGAUAUGUAUGUUACAGUAGAGUGAAUAGAUUCCUGUAGUACCAUUGGUAACACCAGAGCCAACAUUCUGCCUUAGCUAGAAAGGGUAAGUGGGAAAUGGAUUGUAAAAUGCAUGCUAGAUAUAGAGUAAACAUAAACAUAAGUGACAUUUGGGGAGAAAAAAGUGUAGAACAGUGUAUGAUUGAUAAGGCAGAAUAACCUAACAAUUCUCUGAAGGAAUCAGUACACGUAAAGGGGAAGUGCAGCAUGGCCAGCUGGAGAGCAGAGCUGGGACUCCUGGCCUUAGGGAACUGCCCCCCAGGAGCAGAGGCUUUCCUGUGUCUGAGACACGACUCUCCAUUUGUUGUGCAUCACAGACUUGAAGAGGGGUCUUACCAUCUGACUUACAUGUUCUUUCCACUACAGCUCCUCAAAUGUGGGGCUCCCCUCUGCCAUCUCCCCACGACCUGACUGACCCAGCCUCUGUGACCUUAACCAAAAGAAUGAAAAACUGAGAAUCAGGUCCAUAAUGAGACUUGGCAUUUUUGGAAGGAUUUAAUUUCAGAGGGUUUAUGUUUUGAGAGAACAAUGAAAACCCCUGUGUUCUAACCAUUACUUAGUUUCUUCUGCCUAUGUCAUGUUCGAUUUUAGUGUUAUUUCCUCUUAUAUUACUUACAUUACAUUCCCUGUGUUAAGAAGACUUAAUCCAAUAUUUGACUUACUCCAUUAAGUAACCUGUUUUAGUUAUGCUGACCACAAACUCCUGAAGAUGCUCUUGUUUUGGUUUAGUUUACACCUGCUAGGAAUCAGCUUGAGCUAAAUCUGAAUAGAUUUAAAUUAGAAAUCUCAGUCUGCACAGUCUCUGAUACUGGCUUAGUUAGCUAUGGUAAACAACAGAGCUUUUACUUAAAUCAGCCUGAUUUUGCAAAUAGAGAAACAGUUAAUAGUCAUGAGAGUGCAGGACUAACAGUAUUGGCUAAUUCCAAGUAGGUGGUAGGGCCACUGCUCCCACUCUCCCCCUGCACCUGGUCUUGACACAUUUUAUGCCUCAUUUUCCAGUCCCAGGGUCCCUUGAGCAGAAGCUGCCUCUUAAAAGUGUGCUGUGCCAAACCAGGGGUAAUCUGCAACUAACCCAUGGGGACUCAAAAAUGGAACCAGACUCAGUUCCCCUUUUUGAUAAAAUUAGGAUUUCAAGUUUACAGCAUCAGAGACUUGAGUGUACUACCCCGUGCACCACCAGUUUCCCACUUUGUAUGUUUGUCUUUAUACAGAGGGUGCACGUAUGUGCAAUGUGUUUUUCUGGUUUCUUAUUGCUCCACCCAGUUCAAAAAAACUUGUACCCAAACCAAUGCUUUUUAAUCCUAUUUUCUACCUUACUUGUAUUUUAUUAACCUUUUUUAAAGAAUCCAAACAGUAUCAGUAGCAAUGUGUGUGCUGUCCAGCAGCUAUUUCUCAGUAGUAAAACUAACUACACUAUUUUUAAUAGUUUUCCUAACAAUGUAAAUUACAAUUUGAUAUCAACUUCACCAAGUAUCAGUUGCAGGAGCUGAAUUUGACACUGUCUGGGAUAUAAACAUAAAACUACUGCCAAACAACUUUACAUUAUUUACAGUAGAACUAACAUGGUCUAAAUUACCUUAAAAGUCGUUCUGUGGCUUUGUGCUGACUAAAAAUGAGACACUUUUGUCAACUUCUUGAGAUAUAUUGAGAAAUGGUUUUUUCAAAUUUGAAGUAAACUGUUUUAGAUUUUGA